AUGCCAAGUAAAAAAACUAAAAUUAAUCGGCAAGCCCGAACCAUUAAAAUAAAAGGAGGAGAUGAGGUCUAUACUCGUUUCAGUAAAAGAGAAUAUGAAAGCCGAAGAGAAAUGUUUGAUAAUCCUGAUUAUUAUGGACUAAUUAAGCGACGACCGGGUGCUUAUAAAUAUUACGCUAACCGACCCGCUUCCGCAACCGAACGCAAACGAAAAGAACGAGCCAGAAAGAAAUUGCCCUUAGGUAAGGCAUUGAAAGAAGAAGAGAAGAAAUUAUUAGGGGGCGUGGGCAAAAGCACUAUUACUGUUAAUUUGGCUUAUGAGUUGGCGAAGAAAAAGAAAGUGUUGUUAGUAGAUUGUGAUCCUCAAGGUCAUAGUGGGGCUAUUUAUAGUGGAGCAGAGUCUAAAUAUAAUAUUAAAGAUUUAUUUUUAGACCGGAUCAGUAUUGAAAAAGUUAUUAAUCCGGGUUAUGUUAGUGGGAAACAAGUAAAGAAUAUUGACAUUAUUACUAGUAAUAUUUACUUAGCCAAAGUAGCCGAGCAGAUUAGUAGUAAAUAUCAUCGGGAGAAGAUUUUAAAAGGAAAAAUGGAGAAGGCGGAGAAAAAGUAUGAUUAUUGUUUGUUGGAUUGUCCCCCUAAUUUUGGAAUAUUGACCAUUAAUGCUUUAUAUUGUGCGGAUUUGGUGUUGAUUCCUUUAACUAGUGAUAAAGGGGCUUUGGACGGCAUGGCCGAUUUAUUAACCACCUCCGAAGUAAUUAACCAAAGUCGGAUUGCUAAUGAACCCUUAGUGGUUUUUGCUCCUCAUUCACCGGUUAUAAUGGAUUAUGAGCGAUUGGGGGCGGAAAUAACAAAAAUUACCGGUGGUAAAACUCAACUUUUAGAGAUAAUUAAUUUAUUAAUUCCUACUUCUUAUAACAAUUUCAUUGAACCUUUUGUCGGAGGCGGAGCCGUUUUUUUAAAUAUUCAACCCGGAAAAGUCAUCAUCAAUGAUAUUAACCGCGAACUUAUUACUGCUUACCAAAUAAUUAAGGAAAAACCACAAGAACUAAGCAAAUUACUAAUCUCAUACGAAAAAAAACAUAGUCCAGAGUUUUACGAACAAUUAAAAAAGCAGGAACCUAAAAAUCUGUCUGACUUAGAAAUUGCCGCCCGCUUCAUUUAUCUCAACAAAACUGGUUAUAAUGGCUUAUACCGAGUGAAUAGCCAAGGACAAAAGGAGAAAGUGAAAUUAUUUGACAAAGAAAAUAUUUUAGCCAUUAGCGAAUAUUUAAAUAAUAGUAAUUGUCAAAUUCUUAAUCAAGACUAUCAACAAUUAUUACCUUUAAUUAAAGAGAAUGAUUUUUUGUUCGUGGAUCCGCCUUAUGAUAGCGAAAAGACUAUUUUAUUAAAUGGUUUUUCGGUGAAACAAAAUAGUAAUG